UUCCAAACUGGCCACAUGUCCCACACGGACGAGCCAAGGACUGGACGACCCCCAUUUACGGACGACGCGAAAGUGGAGGAACUUAUCCACGGACAUCGACGAGUGACCAUCCACAUAAUCACGCAUAAAUCUGCUCUUAGUUACGGCAGUGUGUGGGAAAUUAUUCAAGGCGAACUAUACGUGUCUAAGGGGAAAAACUGGUCCUUUCUCCCCUGUCGACUGACCUGCGCUGCUGUUGUCUUGCGGCAAGUCAGUCCCGUCAGAACCAUGCAGGUGGUUUUACCGUCGGGGAGGAUGCUGCCCAGGUGGUCGUGUGUGGCCCUCCUCUACACACUUGCUACACUCAAUGGCAUCCACGGAGAGGAAAAAUGCGAGAAGAGGAGCAGAGCCGUGUGGUACAAUGCUAGGACUGAGCACGAAGGAAUGGGCCUGAGUGAUGCUGAACUUCAGAAAAUUGGUGGACUGAUGGAUAUGAAUUAUUUCCGCAAAGUGUUGAACCCCAUUCUGGUGCCCAGGGUGGUGGGGACCGAGAACCACGCGAGGGUACGCCAGCACUUGAUAAAUACCAUGCAGAACCUGGGCUGGACGAUCGAGGAGGACCAGUUUGAUAACAACACUCCCAUUGGCAGAAAAACCUUUACCAAUGUGGUGGCAACCUUGGACCCUGAAGCCCCCCGUCGCCUGGUCCUGGCGUGCCACUACGACUCAAAGCUGGACCGCGAGGGUGUCUUCGUGGGGGCCACCGACUCAGCAGUGCCUUGUGCCAUGAUGCUCCACCUUGCGAAGGUCUUGGGGAAGAGUCUGGAUGACAGUCGCCAGACGUGUAAGAAGAAGAAGGGGAAGCCAGGAAAAAAAUGUCGUAAAUCGGUGCUCAAGAAAAAGUUCAGAAAACUCAAAACCUUUACAAAAGGGAUUGAAAACGCUGAAGCCUCCAAUAUGACCACGGAACCACAGGUGCCAAGAAAGUGUUUAUGGAAAAUUAGAUGUUGUGCAAUGCCAUUGAAAAAAUACAAGCUUACUUUUGUCCCAUUGGUACAAUCAGACUUGACCUUGCAGUUCCUCUUCUUUGAUGGAGAGGAAGCUUUCCGAAGGUGGUCCAAGGACGACUCCCUUUAUGGUGCUAGGAAUUUAGCGGCAAAAUGGAAGCAAAACCUGUAUCCGCCAAGGAACCGUGAUGGAACAAAUCACUUGCACAGGAUUGACCUGUUUGUUCUCCUGGACCUUAUUGGAACAGAAGAUGUCCGGUUCUACAGUUACUUCCCAGAGACGGAUUCUUGGUACACCAGAUUCGUGUCAUAUGAGCAGAGGCUGAAUGACUUGGGAAUCCUGAACAGGCGUAGGUUCAUGUUUGAGCAGCAGAGGCUGUACAAUUCGCACAUUGAAGAUGAUCACAUUCCCUUCUUGGAGAGAGGCGUACCUAUUCUUCACGUCAUCCCAGUCCCCUUCCCAUCCGUGUGGCAUAAAAACACGGACAAUGAAUCUGCUCUUCACUACCCGACCAUUAAGAAUUUCAAUACUAUUAUCUCCGCUUUCGUGGUUGAUUACUUGCACCUGGUCCUAUAGGGGUACGCCCAGGAUGCAGCAUUACACGACGACCUUUGAAGAUAGGACAGACCUUAAGUCUUGCUCAGUUUUAUCUGUGCAGAAGAAAAACAAGACAACAAACAAAGAAGUGAUAAAAGAAAUAGGAUUAUUAUGAUUAUUUUUUUCUUUUUUUCUUGGGGGAUGUCUUUGUGAUGAAGAUCACUUUAUUUUUGAUAUUUAGCUUUUAUUAAGUUUGUUAAUUGUUGAUAUUUGACAUACAGAUUUCAGCUUCUCUGUAUAAACUGAACAAUUGCACAAAUAUUCUGUUACAUACAAUCUUAACACUCUGAAGAUUUAUAUUACUAACACUAUUAUUUUUUUUAAAGGAAGUUUACUCUUAAAUUUGUUUUGAAUUUAGCCGGAUAUGAUCUGAAAUGAAUAAUGCUGUAUUCCUGGAAAAAAUAACCAUUACGCUUUGUUUGCCUAACAAAGUUUGAAAAAAUAGACUUGCUCUAGGACAGGUACCCAGAUUUCUUUCAGUUUACCUACCUUGAUGAUUUCAGUAGGUAAGCUGUUUUGGUUGUGAAGGCAUAUUUUUGGUUACCAGAUUGAGUGGUAACGACACUUGGUUAGAUUUCCUACAAUAGCCCUAUUACAGAAUUUCAGUUUGAGUGUCACAUAUCACAUACAAUAGUCUAUAUUACAGAAAGUUUAUAUAUCUGUAACUGAAUUCAUAUUUUGAGUCUCACAUAUCACAUGUAAUAGACCAUAUUUUAGAAUUUUAUCUUAUCCCAAUGCCGACAGGUGAUUUCCCAAUGCACAAGCCCUCUCUUCCGGGUUGUGGCCCAGGCUCUGCUACCAGGGGCUCGUGUUAUCACCCUAGCGUGCGUGGCAUGACCACGCAUGCCAUUACAUAUACGUACAUGCCACCUGGAGGCUAAGGGUUAAUAGCUCAUGUUAUUGAACUUUUAUAUACCUAUAACUAAAGUUUUAUUUUGAUUCUUACAUAUCAUGUUUGUCAUAGUUGUCACCUUUGAUGCAUUACAUACCUCAGAAGUCAAUAUUGUUUUUCUUUUCCUCUUCCUCUUCUUCCUUUUCUUCUUCUUCUUCUUUAUUUCAUAUUAUAUCCCCAGCAAAUUAUUGUUUAAGCUUACAGGAUCUAUUAACAUUGCUGAGUAUAUAUGUAUUCCAGAUAUUUUUAUAGGGUGAAUGGUGUUAUAGGGAAUUUUACUUUAUUUUAAUAUAUAUAUAUAUAUAUAUAUAUAUAUAUAUAUAUAUAUAUAUAUAUGUAUGUUUAUAUAUAAACAUAGAGGCUGUAUUGGAAGUUGAUUUAUAUGAAUCCAGCCUGUUUAAAGAAAAAAUCAAGAUUAUAUAGGGAAAAUUAUUAGGUAUAUGAUGAGUGUGCAUUUAUAUGGUGUGGCCAGAACAUGACAGGUCCCAUGUACUCAUUUUUACCACCUAAUGAGUAUAUAAAUUAUUUGAAUUUUA